UAGAGGCAAGUAUAGUAUUUGUGCGACUUUGGGAAAAGCAGCAACGAAAUUCGUAAAAGGUUGAAUUGUUUAAGAUAAUUUGAAUAAAUAUUGGUUCAUUCAAAAACAUAAAUUAAAGUGCUUCAAAAUGCAGCUGCUAAAGAGGAAAGCCUUCUAUUUCACAAUACUUCUUGUGGUACUGAGCGUUUGCCUCGAGGAAACAGAAGCCAGACGUAAGAUUCUACGUGGUCGACGAACGAUUACCCGAACCUACAAACGUGGUACGGCCAUCCCGGCAUGGGCCAUCAUCUCCCUGGUUGGCAUCGGUUACAUACUGCUUGGAGGAAUCUCCUAUCUAAUAUUCAGGAAAGUGAUCCUCCAAACGCCCAUCGAGAAUGUCAACUCGUACACGCCCGCCAUGAUGCAGGACGAUUCGUGAGCGGGCGCAGCUCGCAAACGAUUUAAUUUUAAGUUGACGGACAAUAGUAUUAGUCAGAAAAUACAACUUUUUCAAACUUUUAAAUAUUUAAAAAAAACAUAAACUCUGAAUCAGACCACUAUGAACGAAAUCUGCUAUAGUCAAGUUCAAAUGAAUGCAAUAAUUUUCAUCAUCCUCUAAGUUUUGUUACCAUCCAAUAACUGUAAAUUUAAACAAUAAGCAUCUCUAAUAAACAUUUAAAAACAUUUAA